AUGGCUCUCCUGGGUUUAUUCAAGCGCCGGGGCCCUCAAGAAAGCCCUGCUAUUGUGCAUGUCACAAGGAACCAGGCAAAAGAUCUGCCGGAAGCAGAGGUCACUGGCAUCCCAUCCGAUGAGGAGAAACACAAAGUACAGACUGAUACCGCUGCGAUUGAGCAACAGAGUCACAAUGAUCCAGAGAUCGCGGCACUACCUCUACAAGUUCGCCAGAUCAUCAACUUGACCGAUGAUCCCACUCUCCCCACGAUCACCUUUCGGUACUUUGUCCUCUCGGCGCUGUUUGUCAUCCCAGGUGCAUUCUUGUCCCAAAUGAGCCACUUCCGUACCACCAGUGCUCCUUAUUCUGUGUUCUUCGUCCAGAUCGCCUGUCACUACGUGGGACACUUCCUGGCCAAAAUACUCCCAGCCUGGACAGUCCACUUGCCCGGUACCAGUUGGUCGUUCAACCUUAACCCUGGGCCGUGGAGCAUCAAAGAGCAUGUGCUCGUCACGGUCACAGCGGCAUCGGGGGCGACAUAUAACUUGGCAUAUGCCCCGAUUGUACUAGCGGAACUCUGGUAUGGAACCAGAAUCAAUCCGGCCGUUGCUAUUUUCUUCAUGUGGGCCAUCGUGUGGACAGGAUACUCCUUUGCUGCUCUUGCACGACAAAUUCUGCUGCCAGAUCCCGAGUACGUAUGGCCACAGGCCUUGAUGCAAACAACCUUGUUUGAGACCUUCCGCAAGACAGACACUGCGUCACCCGUCGCCCGACGCCAAAUGAAAGUGUUUUUUCUUGCUUUCUUGGGGAUGACCCUAUGGCAGUUCCUCCCCGAAUACGUGUUUCCGUUUCUCUCUUCCCUAGCCUUUCUCUGCUGGGUGGCACCACACAAUGCAGUGGCUAAUUUCAUCGGAUCUGGACUUGGGGGCAUGGGAUUUUUGAAUUUGUCAUUGGACUGGUCCAACAUCAACUGGAAUGGGUCCUCGAUCAUGCUCACACCGUUUUGGACACAAGUUAUUCUGUUCCUGGCCUAUGCCUUUAAUUGUUGGGUUCUGCUCCCUGCGGCUAAAUGGGGCAAUCUCGGUUCCUAUAAACAUGGUCUUAUGUCGAACAGUCUCCUGAUGGCUAACGGGACGACCUACCCAACACUCGAAGUGCUGACUCCCGAGUAUCACCUGAAUGAGACAGCAUAUCAGCAAUAUGGCCCUAUGUACAUGGGACUGCAGAAUGUGUGGGCGACUUGGUUUGACUACGCCAAGUUGCCAGCGGCAAUCACCUGGAUUGCGACUUUUGGCUAUGUUCAAAUAAGGAACAAUCUUAAAAAGAUCCUCGGAGCUCGCAAAGCUGCUAAAUCGUCACCGGGAAACGGGAUUCAUCAUCAAUACCAUGACCGUCUCAAUGUGAUCCAGAGACAAUACAAGGAGAUACCAUUGUGGUGGUACUGCUCGCUGUUUUUAACAGCCUUGAUUAUCUUAGUGACCAUUAUUGCGUGUGGAAACCUGUUCAUCCCGAUCUGGACCCUAUUUGUUGGACUUGCGAGCGCUGCUGUUUUCGUGGUUCCUUUUGCUUGGCUGUACGCCAUCUCCAACUACCAACUCGAGACCGGGUCAUUUAAUGAACUGAUGUACGGAUACAUGGUUCAUACCAAAGCUGGCUCCGGCCACCAGCACCCAUGUGGCCCGUCAGUCUACGGCUCCAUUGCCGGUGAUGCAUGGUACCGUGCACAGUACAUGCUACAAGACCAGAAGAUCGGGCAUUAUAUGCAUAUCCCCCCUCGUGAGAUUUUCUUUUCCCAGAUUUUUGGCACCCUUAUGGGCGUCCCAAUCAAUUAUGCUGUCAUUCGCUGGGUGAUGGAUACCAAAGGAGACUACUUGACUGGAGUGAAAACAGAUCCGCUCAAUCAGUGGACUGGCCAAUCAUUGCGCACAUCCAACACCAUGGGUGUGCAAUAUGCGGUCCUCGGCCCCAAAAGACUCUUUGCUGAAGCAGAGAUGACGCCCUUGCCAUGGUCCUUCCUAGUCGGUGCUGUGAUCCCUCCGAUCUUAUUCAUCUUCCACCGUUUCUUCCCCAAGUUGCGGAUUGACCUUUGGAACGUCAGUAUCUUCUUUGGCGGCCUUGCCAUGUUCUAUGGAAAUCUCAGUACCGGCUAUACAUCCGCCUUCAUCGGUGGUUAUGUUGUAAUGUACUGGGCAUAUCGGCACCAUUUCGAAGUAUGGAAGCGGUACAACUAUUUAAUUGCUGCUGCAUUCGAUGCGGGAUUCAACCUCAACAUGUUGCUUAUCUUCUUCUUCUUUGGAGCAGGCAAGCAGAUCUCGAUGCCAAAUUGGUGGGGCAAUAAUAGUGAAUCGGUAGAACGAUGCUUUGCUUCGACAUAG